CCAGAAGCGAAAUUGUACAUGCAAACAAGAAUCUUAUUAGAGAAAUUUUUAUUCUCAUUCACAUCAGCGAAUUUUUUGCAUCUAGCGAGAACGGUUCGUUAAAUUUUGUCUAUCAAUCCAUCACUUUAUAAUUGAUGUUUACUUGUUUUUGCAAACUAGGGAUGCGAGGAGAGGUCUUUUUUGUAGUACAUAUAAGUUUCUAAACAAUGUGAUGUUGCUUUCAAAAAUUUAGAAUAUUAAAAAAAUAUGUAUUUGCUGUUUAUCUUUUAAACUGAAAUUACAGUUGCUAAUUUACAAUGGCUACUUGCGACAGUGACAAAACAUACUCUUGUACCGAGUGCGAUAAAAGUUUUAAGUUCUUAAGUGUGUUGAAAAAUCAUGUAACAGUACAUUCUUCUGAUCGUCUUUACUCGUGCAAUGAGUGUGGUAAAACUUUUAAGAGCAUAUAUGUCUUGAAUCGGCACAAAGUAAUUCAUACUUCUUAUCGUCCACAUUCCUGCAAUAAUUGCGAUAAAACUUUCAAGCGUUUAGAUGAGUUAAAAAAACACGAAACAAUUCAUUCCUCUGAUCGUCCCUACUCGUGUGAUGUAUGUAAAUUGGCUUUUAGUCAUAAAGAUUUCUUGAAGCAACAUUAUGUGUCACAUUCUGCAGAAAAACCAUAUGUUUGUGAAAUAUGCCAAAACAGCUUUCGACGAAAAGCACACUUAAAACAACACUAUCUUUCACAUUCUGAUGAAAAAACACAUUCUUGUGAGUCAUGUGGUAAAACAUUUCAUAAUGCAAUUAAUUUACAAAAACACCAAAUAACACACUCUUUAGUAAAGCAAUUUUCUUGUGAACUGUGCGAGUCUAAAUUCCAUCUUCGGAGCGCUCUGAGAGAUCAUUAUCGUACUCAUACAAACGAAAAACCAUACAUCUGUGAAACGUGUGGGAAAAAAUUCAGUCGUGGUUCUUAUUUGAGAGAACAUUUAAAAAUACAUGCCAAUGAAAUGUGCUAUUCUUGUGAAAUUUGUGGUAGACGUUUUAAUAUAAAAAAGUACCUAAAAGUACAUUACCGUACUCAUGUGAAAAUACGGUUUCCGUGUGAAGUUUGUGGAAAAGGUUUUAGUCGGAAACAGUAUUUAGCUAAGCAUAUGAAUAGCCAUUAAAAGCUUAAUACACGAGGAUGGAGUUGCCCAAGUUGGAAAAGGAGGAAGUGGACCAUUUGACGUGCUUGAGCUUGCCAGAAUCAGUCUUAUCACCUUGCAUUUGGAGCAUGCAUUUAAUCUUUGUGAAGGAAGGUCGGAAAUAACAUAAAUCACGAUGAUGUCAAUACGAUAACUUGAAUCAUGAUAAAUCAAUAAUAAAUCAUUAAAUGACGUAAAAAUAAAUGUUAAUUUUAAAAAUUAAAUUUUUUAUUGAUUUAAAUUCUGGCUCUAAAAUGUAAAAUAUAUCAAAAAAAUAUUCUGAAAGAGUUUGCUGUUGCCUUAAAUCAACAUAGCAAACUAUUCUGAAACAUUUAGAUGAAUCGGGUUUUUCGGGAAAUUUUAUAUUGAGUAAGGUAAUCAUUUUAUACUAUAAAUGCAGUUAACCUUCAUUCACUUUUGUAUUUGUUCAUAGUAAAAGUUUCUAACUACCAAUUAGUUUAAAAGUAAGUGAUUUAUAUUUAGGGAAAUUACCCUACUUAAUAAAAUUCAUGAUGCAAAUUUGAAGUUGGUGAAAUCAUAUAAUUUUGAGUGUGCCUAAAAUGACCAAUAACCUAAAAAAUCAAUUAUAAAAGUGGAAGGAUUGCGAAAUGUGAUCUAGUCUCUCAAAGUUUCAAAAUUAUUUAUACAUUUUUCAGCGGAAACACUGUUGCUUUAUGCCAGACUGAUCCAAAUGAAAAAUUUGCAGGAGUGUCUGUUAAUUUUAUCCUUAAACUAUUCCACAUUGUUGCUUGUAAUGAAGGUUGUACAAUAAUAAAACAUUGAUUUUUUUGUUUUUUACCUUAACAAUGUCUUCUGUUGACAGAAUUUGUAACUAAUGUUGAAACUUGGGUGAAAUUUAAUGGAUGGUUCCCUAAGCAUGGCUCAAAUCAUGGUACAUUUCUAUUUCUUUCAAUUUUUUUUACGGAUUUUUCAUAUUAAUAGUCAUUUGUGUGGUGCCAGUUGAUAUUAUGUAGGAUUUUCAUUAUUGUGGACCUCUGUUUAGAGCUUCUGGCUCGGCAUCGAUCCGCAGACCGACGUUUGAGAAACAAUGAAGUUAUUAACUUAAUGUUUUGAAGUGAAUAUGACU